UGGUCCAAGCUCUGUAGAGGUAGGUCCGGCUCGGUCUGCACAGGAGGAGGACUUCACUUUAAACCUACGUAGAAGAUGCUGAGGCUGUUCAGUCACGCAGCGGAGCGGGAGCUGCGCUGAAGCUGCUGCGUCAGGUCGUCCCUCAUCUCGACCCCCGCCUCCAGCCCUCCGACAUGUCCUCGUGAGGAGAUGGAGCGCGCAUCGCUGUGAACCAGACUCUGCUCAGAUACGCGGCGUCAAUCAGCGGAGGAGCUCAAGAUGAUGUCCUCUUACUUCCACCCAGCCAAGGAGGCAGACAUGGCGGCCAUGACGGAGCCGCUGUGCCUGGAGAGAGAUGUGUGCAGGGUGAUCGAGCUGCUGGACCGGCUGCAGCGGAGCGGUGAGCUGCCUCCACCCAAACUGCAGGCCUUGCAGAGAGUCCUGCAGAGCAAGUUCUGUGCUGCCAUCAGAGAGGUAUAUGAGCAGCUGUACGACACUCUGGACAUCGCUGGAGGACCAGAGGUGCGAGCACAGGCAACAGCCAAGGCCACAGUGGCAGCCUUUGCAGCCAGCGAGGGCCACGCCCACCCAAGGGUGGUGGAGCUGCCCAAAACAGAGGAAGGUCUGGGCUUUAACAUCAUGGGGGGCAAAGAGCAGAACUCCCCCAUCUACAUCUCCAGAGUCAUCCCUGGAGGCGUGGCUGACCGCCAAGGAGGGCUGAAGAGAGGAGACCAGCUGCUGUCUGUCAACGGUGUGAGCGUGGAGGGGGAGCACCAUGAGAAGGCCGUGGAGUUGCUGAAGGCCGCCCAGAGCUCAGUCAAACUGGUGGUCCGUUACACCCCCAAGGUCCUGGAGGAAAUGGAGGCUCGCUUUGAGAAGAUGAGGAGCGCCCGGAGACGACAGCAGCACACCAGCUACUCGUGAGACUGCUCGUUAGUCUGCACCCUGUCACCUCUGUAAAUAUAUGUACAGAUCUCUGGAGUCCAGGGGCUAGCUAAUCCUCCAUCCACCUCAUCGUCCAACCCUCCUGACACCUCUGUUCCUUUGGGAGGCAAGACUGUAGACGAGAAGCAAAAAACCAAAGUAGCCUACUGACACCUUUUACCUGAACUUCUUCAUGAAGCCAACGCUGCAGUUUAGGAUUUUCUCCCUCUCUCCCCUCUUUCCCUGUUUCUCAGACAAAUGCUGAGUAAGCUUGUUGUCAGACCAUGCCUGUAAUUUCACUUUCCCAGUGUGACAUCAUCCUCAGCAUCCUGUUACAUAAGGGCAACACAUUGAUCUCUUUAGUGUGUGGCUAAACUAGAACGCAGUGUUUCUGUUCUCCAGUUGUUUUACUGUUGCACUGGACUCCUCAGCAGUUAGACCUCAGUAGCAGGAAACAUGGAAACUACAGCCCUCACCACCAUUGUCUCCAUCAGAUGUCCCAUCUAGAGAGUUAACCAUUAGCAUUGUAAAGAACUACACUGACAUCAGUGGCAGAAUCAUCUUAGAGUUUCUAGAAUGGUUUUCUAUUCAUUUAUUUGUGCACAGUUUUCAUUUAGCUGCAUAAUAAACAUCAAAUAAAAGUCUCACUGUGUAAACUGGA